GAGCUCUUCAUUUCCGGGAGAAGCCGGUUCCUGGUACCAGGCUGCAUAGGAGGGGUUCGGGCCUUCCUGCUGGUCCCUUGGCUUCUGUCGGGAAAAGCAAGGCAUGAAGAUCACAAGGCAGAAACACGCCAAGAAGCAUCUUGGCUUCUUCCGCAACAAUUUCGGGGUCCGCGAGCCGUACCAGAUCCUGGUGGACGGCACCUUCUGUCAGGCGGCGCUGCGGGGCCGCAUCCAGCUGCGGGAACAGCUGCCCCGCUACCUAAUGGGGGAGACUCAGCUGUGCACCACCAGGUGUGUGUUGAAAGAGUUAGAAACAUUGGGAAAGGAUUUAUAUGGGGCAAAACUGAUUGCACAAAAAUGCCAGGUUCGAAAUUGCCCCCAUUUCAAGAAUGCAGUGAGUGGCUCAGAAUGUCUGCUUUCCAUGGUUGAAGACGGAAAUCCUCAUCAUUAUUUUGUGGCAACACAGGACCAGAAUUUGUCUAUGAGAAUAAAGAAAAGGCCUGGAAUUCCUCUCAUGUUUAUUAUCCAGAACACCAUAGUCUUGGAUAAACCUUCUCCCAAAACAAUUGCAUUUGUUAAAGCAGUAGAGUCAGGUCAGCUUGUCUCAGUGCAUGAGAAACAGAGUAUCAGGCAACUCAAAGAGGAACAGGGUUUAGUGAGAGACCCUGAACUGAGAAGAAGAAAAAAACACAAGAAAAUAAGUGGCCCCAAUCCUCUUAGCUGUUUGAAGAAAAAGAAAAAAGCACAGGGUACAAACUCAUCUCCUUCUGAAAAGAAAAGAAAAAGAAAAAGAAUCCGGAACAGAUCUACCUCAAAAGUACUUUCUGAAAAGCAGAAUAAUGCAGAAGCAGAAGGGUAAUGAAACCUUUGAAUACUUUUAAAGACAUUCAAAUAUGGAAAAUAAAUUUGAUUUUGAAACUAGA